AUGAUUUUUCUACCACCCGUCGAUUCUUGCCGCCCCACCGUGCCUGACGGCGCCGUCCGACGCCCGCUGCCAUCCUUGACGAACGCCACCUUCACCGACGCCCACGACGGUGAUUCUGCCCCCUGCCUUCCGACCCUGCUCCCGCCGUCCGCCUUUUCGACCAUGUGCCCACCAAAGGUCUACAUGCCUGGUGUCGUCCUUCCCCGCCGCUGCCCGACUACUACUGAACAACCCUCGCCGUCGCCGGAGACCCGCUGCCAGCCGCCGGCUCGGGAGAGCAAUGUUCUUUUUGACGAGGCUUCUUGGGCUACUUUUCAUCGGAUCCAUUAUAAGAAUGGACAGUAUACCGCUGGACGACCUGUGCAGCACAGGUUGGAGGUCGAGAGGCGAUUGGGAGAGCUUCGUCAGACACAGGAAGAGGUCACGCCCUCAGAUGUGGAUCGCAUCUUCCGAGAGGUUGUCACUCCUGAUCCGAGGGGGCGCAUCAUGGGAUUAGGUAUGAUGAUGUUGAAGGCAAUUACUGAGAGCGGCGAGUCGUCGAGCACGCACUCCACCAGCACCUCCUGGUUUCCUUUCUCUGUUGCCUCAAAGGCUGAGGUCGUUACAUUGAGGGAGGAGCUAGAAGUCAGGAAACAAAAGGAGGAGGCUCAAAGCAAGGUUAUAUAGGAGAUACAGGCCUAGAUAGCGCAGCUCAUGCGAGGAUAUCGACCACCAUCCCCCUUCGAUGCCUCUGAUGGGACCCACCCAGACCUUUGAUUAUCUUCAGUCUCGUUUGUUGUAGAUACUAUGU